UGUGCUUGGCAGAGAACGUAAAACAUAUAUUUACGUUCUCUGUGCUUUGGUCGUCAUAUCAAAUAGAAGAAAAUCUAAGCCGUGUCAAUUUUUCGUGUCUAGAAUUUUUAACUACAGGAAAAACAAUUAACUGUGUUAUCAUUUUUCUACUAAAUUUCAAUUUUUUUUACUUAUUUAACGUGACGUGAAAAUAAAAAGCUUUUCUAGUAACCUGUCAAAAGUGCUUCAGUUGUACAAUAGCCACAUUACAAACAGCAACCCCUCCAUUUAGAAUUAGAACAACAAAACCAAUAAAUAUACAAGCACUGUGACGCUGCCAACGCCAGCGCUGACGUUGUCAUCGGUAACAACUACGUUGAGGAAGUAGUAAUUUUGGCGAACGUUGGCGGUGGCAGCAGCAAAGUUAUAAGUAGAUAUCCAAGCAUUCGAAUUAUUGAUCAGUAAAUCUAAUAGUAUUGUGUUUGUUGCUACUUUACGAAAAAAGAUUGAUAAAAGCGAUAAGUUUAUUAUUUCAACAUGCCUUCGAAGAAGAAGAAAUACAAUGCGCGUUUUCCGGCGGGUCGCAUCAAGAAAAUUAUGCAAAGUGACGAAGAGAUUGGAAAGGUGGCCCAAGCUGUUCCUGUUAUAAUUUCUAGAACAUUAGAGCUGUUUGUGGAAUCGCUUUUAAACAAGACAUUGAGAAUAACAAAUUCUCGCAAUGCUAAAACCUUAUCCACAUCCCAUCUGAAGCAGUGCAUCAUGUCGGAACAGCGUUUCGAUUUCCUGCGUGAGUUGGUGAAGAAUGUGCCUGACAUCAGUGUGGCGGAAGAAGCAGCCAACUACAAUGAAUUGGACGGCCAGAGUUCACCCGAAGAUGUUUAUCCCGAUUCGGAUACACCAUUCGAUCUGAGUAUGCCGUCCACGUCAAGUGGGCGCAACAAUAACAAUCGCACGAUUCCAACAACUCCGAAAAUCAACGGUGGACAAACACAUUACCAGUACAAACAAACACAAUAUCAAUUACCACCACAAAAUGGUAGUGGUAGCAGCAGCAGCAGCAGCAGCAGCAGCCGUAACAAUACUUUUGAAUCAGAUGUCAGGCAACGUAUACGCCAAUGCAUUGGUAGCACACAGAGUGUCAUAAUGCAUACGGCGUCUGUUACACAAACUCAAUCAGUCACAAAUGCAGCACUACCACCAUCCACAACAUCCGCACCUGCAACUUUGACUCCCAGCACAUUGCCGUCAACAGAUAGGAGUGCUGCUUAUGGUAAUUACGUACAACCUUUGAAAUUAAUGCGUUCCGAAUCCUCACCUGCCAAAUCAUCCCAGAAUAUGUGGCAUGUCGCCCCAAAUGCUGAUAGACAACAGCAUGUGGGUCAGAAGCGUCUUCGACAUCAGGCACAGUCAGUGCCCGGCAACAAUAAUAAUGACAAUUGUAAUGAUGUAUCGGCGGCAAAGCAGGAUAAACGUGAUAAUGUUAAGACACAAACACAUUCGCAAACUGCCAUACCUGCGCCUAUAUUCAGCUAUGAUCUCUGUAACAAACCCGUGGUGAAGAUCGAUUACAGCAAUUUGCCGCUUGUGGGCAAUGUACCAUUGAGUGCACCUGUGACAAAUGCCACUAGUUAUAAUUUUAGUGAUGCCGCACCCAUCAUCAACAUUGAUUUGUCCAACAUCGUGACGAACAGUGGUGAUAAUAAAAUCGCUAGUGCUAACAAUAAAGCGUCCACAGCUGCAGUAGCAACAAUAAGCAUUGGCGCUUUACCAGCUGACAUGGCAACAACUGUUGCAACAACGCUUAGCAGUGCGUCCAGCAAAAUGUGUGCUGCCAUAGCGACACCACCGACCGCCAAUCCGCCCUUAAAUCGAUCAGAUUGUAAAAUAGACUCUAACAAUACAAUUAAAGAGAUCACAUCAUCUUCGGCGUCGUCGCCUAGUUGUUCACCGUCAUCAUCCGCUGCAUCGACGUCGACUAAUAGCCAUCAAGGUGGCAGUUGUAAAAGUUUAUUUAAAGCUUCGAGCGAUAUAAUGGCAAAAAUGACUGUACCAGGAACAACUACGUUGAAUACAAAUUGUAAAAAUUCGAAUUCUUGUUUGGAAUUAGACGAAGACUAUGACAAUAUUUGAAUUUAAUGUUUUUAGUUUUUGAAAAUUAACAUUAGCGUUGAAGAAUAUUUUCCUUUUUUUAAUAAAUUCAGACUACCA